UCCUCAAAAUAAACUUCGACGGGUCUCUCCGGGUGCGUUCAAUGGAGUGAAAGAAAUUUACGACCUAGGAUUGGAUAGAAACGAGCUCACCUCUCUCCCAAUAUUUGAACAUUCGAUAAGUAUCGGAAAGUAUCGACUAGCCAGGAACAAACUCAAUUCUGAAGGCCUUCCAGAGGAUGCGUUUUACAACAUAACAGCAAUGCAUUAUCUGGAUUUGUCGUCCAAUCGACUGACUUAUAUUCCAACUGGACUUUUCCGGUCGCAGACUGAGCUCCGAUAUCUCUACUUACAGCGGAACAAAAUCAGUGUCCUGCAUGCCAAGGUGUUUGCGGGACUUUAUCAGCUUAAAGAACUGUUUAUAUUUGACAACCCAAUCACUGAACUAGUGGACUGGCUGUUUUAUGAUACCAAAUUGGAAAAUAUGUACAUUUUUCAGACCAAACUUUCGUCGAUAGGGGAGCGGCCAUUUGCGACCGUGAACCACACUCUCCGACGUGUAUCAAUCUACGACAGUCACUUGAAGACCGUUUCCAAUUCUGUCUGGCAAGAUCUGGGGAACUCAUGUUAUGUAGCAAUCGACAACACUUUGAAGUUUGCGCCAUUCACAAAUAGAUCUGACCUCGAAAUCGAAUUAGUUGGUGAUGGAUUCGCCCAGCCAAUACUGGUGACGCCUGAUCAGCAAACGAUAUUUAGCGAGUGGGGAUUUACGUGUGUCCAAUCUGCUGAUGAUUGGUUGUGUACGCCCUGCCAACAGGGCACUUUCGGGGUCUCUUGGGGUGACAAAAGUUGUAUUGCAUGCCCUCCAGGGGGCUUUUUCCAAAUCAAGACGGGGCAAGUGGCUGACCCCUCUCAAGGUAUCAACUGUCAGAGAUGCAACAAUGGCACCUACGUAACGCCUGAGACGCACCCUGGUAUCAGUCCUGCGAAUUGCACAGUGUGUCCUACGGGUACCAAUAAGAGCCUUCACGCUGGCUUCCGCGCCUGUCCAUGUCUGGAUGGUUUCUACCGUACCGACCGGUUCGGUGAAUGCCAUCCGUGUCCAACCGAAGGAGUCAACUGCUCAGAAGAGUACCAACACCUCCUGUCUGGCUUCUGGUGGACCUGGGACUGGGGUUUAUCGGAUGACAACUACCUAUCCUACGAGCGAUUCGUCCAAGAUGUACGCACUGAAAGUCCCACCUUUGACAACACAAGCAAGAGGUUUGAGGGCGUGUUACCCAAGGUGAAUAAAUGUCCUCGCAGUGAGUCGUGCGUGAACGCUGUGCUGGGUGGUAUCAAGGCAGAAUGCGAGGAAGGCUACACGGGUUGGCUUUGCUCCCAAUGCAGUCGUUACUAUUACCCUUGGUUCGAUCACUGCUUCGAGUGUCCCGAAUGGUGGUGGUUCCUGCUUGAAGUCAUUGCUGUAUGCGUGGUCAUUGCUCUGAUUGUCAUCAUCAUAGCUUGGCAGGCACGUAAGGUCCGAAGAAGCGGUCGGUCUGCCGUCAACAUGCUGCUUGCUCGAGGGAAGAUCCUACUGGGUUUCUACCAGGUCAUGGGGGAGAUAUUCUCAGCGCUGGAUGACAUUGCCUGGCCGAAUAUAUUAACAAGUGUUGGCUCUGUCUUCAGACUGUUGGAGGUGAACAUCAUGCGACUGUUUAUCAGUCCCAGGUGCUAUUUCCCCAACUUCACUUAUCCUAAUAUUUACAUUGAGUUCCUGGUAGGCAUUGUAUUUGUGGUGUUCGUUCUGCUCGCCGCCUGGUGUUUUUACAGCUCCAAGAUGUGUUACUUGAAAGCAAAGAAAACUCCUCGUGCAGAACGAAAAGCUCUUCUGUCGCAGACCAAGCAGAGGUGUUACAUGUUUGUGGUGAUACUGCUCUUUAUUUCCUACCCCAGCCUGUCUAGUGUUAUUCUCACAUUAUUACCCUCUGGGUGUCACCUCUUCUACGUUGACGAAAAAGACACCCUCAAUGUGACCAGACUUCGAGCCGAUUAUUCGAUCGAUUGCCAAACGCAGCAGCAUGUUCAUUUCAACUACGCAGCUGAGGCCUCCCUCUUCUACGUUGUUGGGUUUCCCUUGGUGUUGUUUCUCCUCUUGUGGUGGAACGUCAGAAAACGGAAGAAGACCGGGGCUGUCGGUGGUAGACGGGAAAGUGAGGAUCAGCCUUUGCUGGAUGAUGCUAGUCAAUGUCGUUUGGAUGCCGGUUAUGUCGCCAGUUGCAGAAACGAGGUGGCUUGUGAGACAGAUGAUGAACUUCUCCUACACUCGGACCCGCAAGGUCAGGCUGUAUUCAAUUGGGAGAGUUUCCUGUGCGAGAAUUACAAGCCAAGGUUCUGGUACUGGGAGAUUCUGGAGCUGGCCCGCAAGAUUGUCCAGACGCUGUUUGUGCUGCUAUACGGGCCCGACGAUCACUUCACCAUGUUCGCCACCAUAGUCAUAUCGGUGGGCUUUCUGCUCCUGCACGCUUACGUCAAGCCCAUGAAGGAUGCUGUCGAGCAUCGUCUGCAGAUGUGCUCGCUUGGUACCAUCUUCCUGAACCUGUUGGCUGCGUCGCUGCUUCUGUUGCCGAGCGAGGAUGCUCAAUCAAGCCAGAACAGAAAGGAGGUCCUCUCUGUUGUUCUUGUGCUGAUGAACCUCAGCGUCAUCGUUUUUGUCAUUGCUAGCUUGGUCUGGACCGGAGUAAAGGCUCUAUGGCGUCAUGGAUGCUUGCGUAGCUUAGGAUCGUGCAUCGCUGGGGUGUGGGGCUGGUGCAGUCGACCCCUUCAUCGUGGCCUAGGGCUGACUAACCAUGUUUACGAUAGCGUCGACGAAUAGGAUUCAUCCACAAUGACAGUCAACUUUAAGUACUAGACCUGAUUCGAUGUAAACUAUACAACGGUCAAAUUCUAAGAGAUAAGACACACGGGGCAGUUUCAAUCACAUUUAAUAGUGAAUUCUCAAGAAGGCUCAUAGUAAUUUCCUCAAGAACAUUGUAGAGUAAUUCCCCAAGAACAUUCCAGAGUAAUUCCUCAAGAACAUUCUAGAGUAAUUCCUCAAGGAAAUUCAAGAGCAUUUCCUUGAGAGCAGCCGAUGGUAAUUCCUCAAGACAGUCGAUAUAGUAAUUCCUGAAAAACAGUCGAUAGUAAUUCCUUAAGAAAAGUUGAUCGUAAAUCCUCGAGAACUGUCGCUAAAGACAUAGUCUAAAACUUUAAUCGCUAUAAAAAGAUCACGCGACCUAAUAGACUAAUCAGGAGCUGUUGAUUCCUCGAGAAAAGUUUCGUGGUUUAAUGUUAUCGAUUAAAAAGAAAUAAUUUACAUAUCUGUAUACCAAGAUGCCACAAAGUGCAUGUUUAUAAGUAGACCUAGAGGUCGGAUUGCUGUGAACGAAAUGUUUGUUCAGAAGUAGUGGUAUCUCUGUGGAGUUAUUGAUUAAUUUGCGGUGUAUACUAUCAGUAAAUAUUUCUAUGUAAUAAUAUUCUGGCUUUGUAAAGGUAAUUCGUUUUAUGUACAUUUGUUUCUGAUUUGUUUUCGUUUUCUGUAAUUAAUGCUUUGCAUGUAAAUUCAAUAUCAAGUUUUAAAUUCACCAAGUAAGAUGAGUAAUUCCUAAAGAGCAGUCGCUAGUAAUUUCUUAAGAACAGUCGAUAGUAAUUCCUUAAGAACAGCCGAUAGUAAUUCCUUAAUUCGUAUUUUUAGCUUUGUAGUUUGAGGGGACAUUAUUGGCUUGAAUGCGCCCAAUUGGGCUACAAAACCUUAUUUCUACCCUGUUUAGAUCGAUGAAAACUGACGUGUAAGACAUGUCUAAAACUUUAAUCGCUACAAAAAGAUCACGUGACCUAAUCGACUAAUCAACAGCAGUUGAAAGUACAUGAAAUUCCUCGAGAAAAGUUUCGUAGUUUAAUGUUAUCGAUUAAAGAGAAAUGAUGUAGUCUUUAUACCCAGAUGCCACAGAGAGUAUGUUUAUAGCUUGGCUUUGUAAAGGUCAUUUGUUUGUGUAGAUUUGUUUCUGAUUUGCUUUCUUUUUCUGAAAUUUAUGUUUUGCAUGUAAAUUCAUUAUCAAGUUUUAAAUCCACCACGUAAGAUUAGAACGACAGAUUAAGCUUGAAUGGAUAACUGUGCCUGGUACAGCACCGGCACCCCGUCAUCAGCGAAUUAUCACAUUAUCACUUUGCAAAAUCGUGUUUUACAAUGUGGCGUCGGCAAAAACAAAAACACUCCAUGGAAAAAAAUGGACGCCGUAUACCAACCUACAAACAUGCAAGCCUCUAUGCAUUGUCUGCAAAACAAUGACAUAAAUGAGGCCUUACUUUUAAUACUGAGGCCUUAUUAAAUGACAGUGAUCAUUCUAAAAUAUUAAUAUCGUAACGCUUCUUGCUUGCGAUAGAUUACACGUCUUCAUCAGCUCAGCCAAUCAAAGGCUAAGUUUGUCACUGGCAGUAAAAUUGACCAAUCACAAGCCACUGACGUGGCAUGAGGUCCAAUUCUACCAAAUUCUGUCCAGGUACUGUCAAAUUCCACCCCUGCCGGGCCUCUUGGUCAUUUAAUGUUAUCUACAGUGUGAUAUCGGGGUAUUUCAUUUUAUCCUCAGCUCUUGAGAAAACAUACAAACGUUUCUCGUCGAAUUACCAGGCAGUUCUUUUACGAUAAAUGCCGUUUUGUACUUGCUACUGAAAUGCUUUUAGUUAAAACGAGUGUAAAAAAAAUAAUAAUAACAAGUUGAUAUCCAAAUAUUUUUAUCAUGAGAUAAUCUGAAAGUGAACAUAUCACAUAAAGUAACGUAUGCACUAACUACUUUUAGAUACUAAUUUUGACAAAUUGAAAUAA